CCCCGGGAAACCCGCCGGCCCCGGUGGAGGCAGCCCACCAGCCCAUGAAGAAGAGCCGGCGUGGGCCUCGCUCCAGGAGCUCUCAGUACCGCGGCGUGACGUUUUACCGGAGGACUGGCCGAUGGGAGUCUCAUAUUUGGGAUUGUGGGAAGCAAGUUUAUCUUGGUGGAUUUGACACAGCACAUGCAGCUGCACGUGCUUAUGAUCGAGCGGCCAUCAAGUUCCGGGGAGUGGAGGCUGACAUAAAUUUUAGCAUAGAGGAUUAUGAAGAAGACUUGAAACAGAUGACCAAUUUAACAAAGGAAGAAUUUGUGCAUGUACUUCGCCGACAAAGCACCGGGUUCCCCAGAGGUAGCUCCAAAUAUAGAGGGGUCACCUUGCACAAGUGUGGGAGAUGGGAGGCCAGGAUGGGCCAAUUUUUAGGCAAAAAGUACGUGUAUUUGGGCUUGUUUGAUACCGAGAUUGAUGCUGCAAGGGCCUAUGACAAAGCAGCAAUCAAGUGCAAUGGCAAGGAAGCUGUCACUAAUUUUGAUCCCAGCAUCUACGAGAACGAGCUCAACCCUUCCUCUGAAUCAUCCGGCGUUAAUCCUGCAGAACACAAUCUCGAUUUGAGUUUGGGCAAUUCAAACUCGAAGAAAAACAAUCAAGCUUUUGGGAGUAGUGAUCAUGGCCAAAAUGCUGCAAUGGAAGUUCAACAUUCUGCCUCAAUGCAACUCGAAGCCGAUUGGCGGAAUCAAGGGCUUCGACAAAAGCUUAACCUACAAAGGGAUCGAUCUAGAGAGGAGAGUGAUGCACACAGAAGAGAUGGAUACUUAGAGACAGAAGCCAUGCAGCUACUACUCAGAACCAACCUUCAUUCUCCAGCCCCAACUGAAAUGCAUAAAUAUGGGCAGUUUAGUAGGAGGCCUAACGUUGGAGACACCCAAAUGCCUCACAUUUUCCCACCACAUUUCAACUCACCAAACAAUUACCACCAUGUUCAGAUUCCAAGCAGCAGCGAAGGAGGCCGCAUCGGCAGUGAUCUUUCACUCUCGAUGAGUGACCACCCACACCAACAACAAUGGCAAUCCGGCAUGCCGACUUCCGAUAUAUUUGCAACUGCUGCAGCAUCAUCAGGAUUCCCACCUCAAAUCAGACCGUCCGCGCAAAAUUGCUGGCUUCCUACAUGUUUCUGCCUAAUUUCCACCAUGUCCCAUUCUAUCUAAUUAAUUACCAAGUCCCCUUGAUAUGUUUGUGUUUGUAAGCCUUUAGAUUUGAUCCCCAACUCCAAUUUUUUUUCAGAGUCCCAAAAAGAGAAACUAGUCAAGAAGAGGAAGAGAAAGGAAAAACAAAAGAGAGGAAGGAAAGUCUCCUGUUUUGUGGGAAAUUUAUGGUCAUUGGUCAAACUAACAAAUGGAAAAAAUCCAUCUUCAACUAGAUAUUCUGAGUUCUGACAACAAUACAUAUCUGAUUUAAUUUUAAUUUUAAUCGUUGUUUUAUUAUUUUAUAUGUAAUUCUAGAACAUGUGUUACUGACUUAUUGCGCCCAGCUGCUAGAUUAAGUUAUGAUAUUUUGGAUCCAAA